AUACACACACAGACACAGACACACACACACAUGGUAAACUAUGAUAGCUAUAUCUAAUGGAGCAUCCGCUAAAUGGAUUUCAAAAGACGGUUCGGGAGAAUGAGUCCGUAGAUGGCAGAAGUGGCGGCGCGACGUAAGGCUGUGUGACUCUAACGCCAAGUAGAAGAGAAAAAAAGACUCGUGAGGAAGAAGACAGAUGCAUUGUCUCUUCAUUACAAGAUCAAACGUAUCCUUUCUGACCCUGAGGCGCAACUGGCUGAGGAGACCAACGCCAACAAAGGACAUCCUGACACAAAACACGGGAGCAUAGAAGUCACACGGGCGAGCAAGCCUUCUGGUGCUCAUACAGAGACGAGUCCCGCUGGAAACAGGAUCUCGUCUGACUGGUAUUCCCACACUCAAGUGUCACGACAGGAACCCCGCGGUGAGAAGCAUGGCCGUGUUCUACCGCCGCCCACGCCAUGCCCUUUGUCUGCUGCUGUUGCUGUUUGGGAUUUUGCUCUCCCACGUCAACACAGCCCUCGUGAUGAAAACGUCGAGUGGGUCUGAGAGCGAAGUGCUCCUGCCGGACGGACAAGAGGUUGUCCUCCUUUUCUGGGUGGAGGACACGAGAGGAGAGGCGCUGUCGGAGACGAAAGAGAUGGAAGAAAGGGACGAUUUCACAUCAGAGGAGGAAAAUAAAAAGGAAAAGAAGAAAAAGAAGAGGCUUAGGGAUGUGGAAGAGGAGGAAGAGAGAAACCAUGACGACCACGAAGCUGCCCUUGCUACUAGUGGUGAGAAUAGUACCAUCACCCUCACCUACUUAGUCUCCGGCUUUCAGUAUCCGACCCUCAGAUUCAAAGCGUCAGAGCGCAACGUGUGGCUCUCAGCUCUCUUCAACUACAACCGCGUGCACAUCCCGGCAGGGUCGUUGAUGUUGAACCCAGUCCCGCCCUCCUGGUGGGGUCGCAAGGUGAAGGUGUCGAGCGAGCCAUCUGUGUACUGGUACCUGUGCCCCUCGCCCAACCAGUGCGCUCCAGGGAACCCGCCGCACCUCUACAGCGGCAACGCCAUCCCGGUGUCAGUCAUCGCCUUAGGAACGACAAGUGUGAUACUGCUGCUCCUGUGUCUGGGUCAGGUGGCUCUUGUCCUGCACCUGCGGCGGAAGUCGAGGCAUGCAAAAUCACGUCACCAGCUCUCACGCGCGGACACGAUCGACGCCCACAGGUUCACCACCAGGUGCUGAGUCUGAAUGCAGCUUUAGAGUCAGCAGUUCUCUUAAAUCGUGGACCAUUUCAUACACCGCGGCAGGGAAGGCUGUCUGAUCAUGCCUGUGUGUCAGCAUCCACGCGUGUCCUUAGCUGUACUGUGCGUGUCCUUGAUGAAGAGCCUUGCUACUUUGCUGGAGAAAUAGAAAGCUUUGCUAACUGUAAAUUUAUUUCCCAUUUGAUUCGUGUAAGUGACGUCCCGCCGAGCUCUGCCAAAUGGACUUUCCCAUUUACAUAUUCUCUCUUUCCUGCUGCACGCCUGUCUGUACUCUCUCUCUUCUCCUGUGCUGCUCACCCGAAAACCUUUCCCUUCAACCAUGACCCUUCCACCCUCCAUCCCCUCACCUCUCUGAAUCCAUCAUCCGUCCAUCCCUUUCAUUGCCGAAGACAAAAAUACUCACUAUUUUAUACCCCGACGGCUGGCAGAGAACGCAAUGUGGUCAUGAAAGCUUGGCGUGACCUCUACUUAUCCAGCCAGGCGCCACUCCCCAAUCCCCACAGUGUUCUACCAGGUGUUGCGGGAGGCACUUGGCGGCUCCCUGCACUGGCCCUCGUAUGAGUAACGCACCCUCACUCACACUCCCCAGAACGCAGAUUCUAUGUAGCCUCAUAGUUACCGCUCACAAACUGUGUCCCUCAAGUGUACUCCCACCCACUCACCAACCUGUGACCUUUCGUGCUCUCUCUCUCUCUCUCUCUCUCUCUCUCUCUCUCUCUCUCUCUCUCUCUCUCUCUCUCUCUCUCUCUCUCACUCUCUCUCUCUCUCUCUCUCUCUCUCUCUCUCUCUGCAGGCACUCACCACCAGCUCUCCUCGUCUUUCCCUACGUGCUAGAGUGUGUGAGUGUGUGAGGAAACACCCUCCACAAGAUCCCCGUGGCGCCGUCCAUGCUUUGUGGCCCUCGUCCCGGAGCCCUGAGCCCCAGGCCCUCGGGACGAGUGUCGUGGCCACCAGCCCGUCACACCACCGUUUCGAAAGACAAGAGGGCCCAAGCGCCAUACGAGAACUUGGCAAACAGCACGGGAGGGUCUAAGAUUAUGUGAAGCCUCGAGAGGAGGAUACAUAAAGAGGGCAGAAGAGAGGGGACGACGUGAGGAAAACGAGAGAGAGAGAGAGAGAGAGAGAGAGAGAGAGAGAGAGAGAGAGAGAGAGAGAGAGAGAGAGAGAGAGAGAGAGAGAGAGAGAGAGAGAGAGAGAGAGAGAGAGAGAGCGCAUCAGCCUCUCCUAGCUACUCUGUUUACAACCAC